AUGGAGGAUGCAGAGAAUCCUUCAUUCCGAUCAAUUUCGGAAAUGAGAAACCGCUUGGAAAUGGCGCUCCAUGUAGCCGUCGUCGUGCAUUCCACGCCCACACAAAUAAAACUCGUCCACGAUCUGCUGGAUAAAUACGAUAAGAAGGCGAAACCAAUGUGGGACAAUUCGAAACCGAUAAACGUGUCGUUCUCGAUGGAUCUGUAUCAGAUUCUUGAAUUGAACGAACCACAACAGUACAUCCUUCUGAACGCUUGGAUCAUAGAGAGAUGGUACGACGAGUUUUUAUACUGGAUCCCAGAAGAUUACCAGAAUAUUUCGGAACUUCGUCUACCUUACGACUCAAUUUGGUUGCCGGACACUACUUUAUAUAACUCCCUAGUAAUGAAAGACGAUGAUACUCGUCGACUUCUGAAUGCGAAGCUGACGACGGAUCAAAAACGGCGAGCGUCGCUUAUCGAAUUGCUCUAUCCGACCAUCUAUAAAUUUUCAUGCCUUCUAGAUUUACGAUUCUUUCCAUUUGAUGUACAGGUAUGCACGAUGACAUUUUCAUCUUGGACGUAUGACCAGAAAGGCAUCGACUAUUUCCCGUACUCGGAAAAAAUCGGCACCACAAAUUAUUUGGAAAACGAGGGAUGGUACAUCUUGAAGACGAAAGUUACUCGAAAUGAGGUGAAGUAUAGUUGCUGCCCUAACAAGUACACGUUACUGCAGUUAACGUUGUAUCUACGACGAAAACCGCUUUUCUACCUUGUGAAUCUCAUUAUUCCCACAUCGAUCAUUACUCUUAUUGCUAUUGUUGGAUUUUUUACAACAUCAUCUGCAAGUGGAAUGCGCGAAGAGAAAGUAUCACUUGGAAUCACCACUCUACUCUCAAUGUCCAUCCUUAUGUUAAUGGUUUCCGAUCAGAUGCCCACUACUUCUACGUUUAUUCCGCUUAUUGGAUGGUUCAUAUUGGCAAUGAUUAUAGUGAUAUCACUGGGUACGAUAGUCUCCUCAAUUAUUAUUGCAAUACAAAAACGUGGAAGUCUAGGCGAGCGACUCUCAAAACGUGUUUUGAGAGUUGCAAAGGUUAUUGCGUAUAUCACGUGUACUUCACUGCCAUCACAUAUCGAAAAAGAGCAAAUGAUGGAAGCAUUCGAUGCGCCAACACCCACUGUGGACCUGGUGAAGCCGUUCAAAGCGCAACCUUCAGAUGCACAAAAACGAUGGAUGAGCAUAAGAAGAGCCAAGAAUGGUAUCGCUAUCGUCUCGGACAAGAGUACGGAUCCACUUAUUCAUAUGGCUAAUCCUGGAGCAGAGGACACAAUUGUUCCUGGAAUGACGCCAAUGGCGUCGUUACCGCCAGGAGCCACGUUUGACGAUGAUCUCUCACUACAAAGUGACAUGUCAUCACGACCGGCUACCGCACGAGUACUGAAGCAGAACGGGAAAAGCAACGCGUUCAUGCAAAUGCAAGCAACAUCUUUGAGAGAAGCCUCAUUUCUGCCCGUCAAGGAAAGUUGGUAUUUAUGGCUUGCAAGCAGAAGAGCAGUUGCACGACCUAUUCCAGAACUCGCUCCUGUUAUUAUUACCACUGGCAUGACAGCCGAUAUCACCGAUGUAGCUCAAGUGAUGUACUCAGCCGUUCUCGUCACGUUCACCUCACUCUUAGCCACCACAACUUUGAUCAACGCAGAUCCAGUUGUUUCAUUGCUCAAUAAUAACUCAUUUUCAAUGGCGAAUCGUUCAAUGAUGAUGGAAGAUAUUCCACUUAUUCGUCUAACAAGGGAUCUGUUGGCGAAAGACAAGUAUGACGUCCGUGUACGGCCAAUCAUCGAUCAUACUCAGACUCUAAAGAUUCACAUCAGCAUCUCACUAUAUCAAAUUAUUGAAGUGGAUGAACCAUCGCAAAAUAUUAAACUGAACGUAUGGAUGAUUCAAAAAUGGAAGGACGAAUACCUAACAUGGGAUCCUCGAGAGUAUGGUAUGAUCAAUUCGACGAUCAUACCGUUUAAAUAUUUGUGGAUACCGGACACGUACCUUUAUAAUAGUGUGAAAAUGAGUCGCGAUGAAACCGAGCGAUACAUGAACAUCCAGGUCGAGUCGCAAUUCUGGAAAGGAGAGAACGGUUCACAACUGUCGUUUCUCUAUCCAGCCAUCUAUACCAUCACAUGUCGCUUGAAUAUCAGGUUUUUCCCAUAUGAUCGCCAGAAUUGCACGUUAACCAUCUCGAGUUGGACGAACUCGAAAUCGGCACUGGAUUACUACGCUGAUCCAGAAGUGAACCUAGCCUCCUUUAUUCCUAAUGAAGAAUGGGACGUGAAAUCAUUCAAAAUUUUUCGACAUGAGUACAAAUACGCAUGCUGUGCGGAACCGUGGGUAAUCCUCCAAGCAUCGCUGGUGAUCCAACGAAAACCUCUCUACUACAUCGUGAACCUUAUCAUUCCUACUUCUAUUAUUACAAUAGUUUCAAUCACUGGAUUUUUCACUCCCGCGUCAACCGAUGACGAUCGGACUGAAAAAAUCAAUUUAGGUAUCACUACGCUUCUCGCGAUGUCUAUUCUAAUGUUAAUGGUUUCGGAUCAAAUGCCUACCACUAGCGAGUUUGUUCCUUUAAUAGCUUGGUUCUAUCUGUCGAUUAUUAUUAUUGUGUCCAUUGGUACAUUCCUAACCAGCGUUGUGCUCUCUGUUCAAAGUAGGAGACAAUACGGCCGAAAUCCUCCACUAUACAUCCGAUACUAUUUCUUCGUGGUCAUCCCCUCUUUUAUUUAUCUUUCGGUUCCACCAGCAUUGGAAAAAUUGUGGUCCGAGUUGGAUGAUGAUCCAUUAGACUCAUGGCGACGACGGAAAUCUGCUAAGCUGGAAAAAACUGGCUCCAUGUAUAAGGAACAAUGUCCAAAAUCACCGAUGUUGGAACGGCAAUCCACAUUGCGAAUACCAAAACAAGGUCUGGAUCGAUUCAACUCGAUCCAAAUGAUUGACGUUUCAUUGCCACCUUCUCCAAUUGCACCACGACUAUCCAGAACACCAUCGAUGGUUCAACCACAAAAGCCUACGUUAUGGGAAGGAACGAUGAGUGCGCUAGCAGGAACAAACACUCAACUGCGUCGUACGUCGGCGGCAUUUUCCAGAGAAGUGGACGGGAUGCGACGAAAACGUCAGUGCUCAUUGGAAUGGGAAUUUCUGGCUACUGUUCUUGAUAGGUUUCUCUUGUUGCUGUUCAUUUCGGCGGUCGUUCUGAUCACAAUGGGUCUGGUGGUGGUCGGUAAAAUGGCACAAUUCAGCUACGAUAAUCCCGAAGAGUCAUUCUUUUGA